GAUCAACCAGUCUGAUGGGAAAUCUUUAGGGCAUCGCCGCGGAGAUCUGGUCGACACUAGCCAAAACGCCGAAACCACACGGUUGUAGAAGCAGACCUUCCGAUCCAGACUCUUUCUCAACUCUCAACAAAAGACCACCAAAAGAUAUCCCAUUUGGCUCGAGUUUGAUUGUGAUAACCCAGUCAGCCCAUGCGAGCAAACCAGUGAAUGAACUACUGAUUCGUCUCGUCAACCACCAUGGCUCCCAGCUUCCAAAACCUGACCAUCGAAUCACCGGCCUCGGCGCCAGGGGUCCACAUCAUAACGAUGAACAAACCACCCGAGAAUCGACUGAACAUGGCGUACGCUCAGACAAUCAUAGACGCCCUCCGCUACAUCGAACGGGACCUGAUGAAGCCCGACUCUCCAGGGGCGGUCGUCAUCUCGUCCUUUUCCGACAAGUUCUGGUGCACGGGUCUCGAGCUCGACGAGUCCGACUCCAACAUGUUUGCCAACGCGGACGGCUUCUACCCGCUCCUCGCCACUCUCGUCGACUACCCCUACCCGACCGUGGCCUUGAUCACCGGUCACACGUUCGGCGGUGCGUGCCCGUUCAUGCUGUCGUGCGACUACCGGAUCAUGAACAGCAAGCGCGGCUUCAUCAGCAUGCCGCCGGUCAACCUCGGGCUACACUUUGACGGCAUCGGCGCCCUGCCUCGGCUGAAGCUCCACCCGCAGAUCGCACGCAAGAUGCUGCUCGAGGCGCACAAGUGGACGGGGGAGGCCGCACUGAAGGACGGGAUCGUCGACGAGAUCAGCCCCCCCGAGAAGAUGAGACAGAGGGCGGUCGAGUUCGCGAGCAGCAUCGCCCCUAGAGCGACCAUGGGUGUGUACGGUCUCCUGAGGGCCGAACUGUGGGGCGAAGCCCUCGAGAAGUUCAAGGCCAUCAGUUACGUGCACAGAAAGAGGAUAGGCACGGCCGCGAAAGCGAAGAUUUAGAUUUUUUGUUUUUCUUCUUGUGUC